CAAGAUGGCUGCGCCCUUGGGAAACAUGUUUUGUUUUUAGCUCUAUGUCAAAGUGCUCCAUAGUGAGAGUGUAUGGACUGCGAGGCGGACAGGUGACCCGGCUCAGAUCGGACUAUGGAGAGACGCGAGUUCGCCGCAUCCCUGGUGGCAGGAGGUUGUGCUGGGAUGUGUGUUGACCUGACCCUGUACCCUCUGGACACCAUUAAAACUCGGCUGCAGAGUCAACAGGGCUUCUUCAGAGCUGGAGGCUUCAGGAGAAUCUAUGCAGGGGUCCCAAGUGCUGCCAUUGGCUCCUUCCCCAACGCCGCUGCGUUCUUUGUCACCUAUGAAUGUGCUAAGUCCCUGCUGGGGUCUGCUGGACUGCUAUCGGCCCCCCACAUGGCACCUGUCACUCACAUGUUUGCUGCAUCACUCGGAGAAGUUGUGGCCUGUCUGAUCCGUGUACCGGCUGAGGUGGUGAAGCAAAGGACCCAGGCCUCUCCAGGAUCUACCACCUACCACAUGCUGCUGACUACACUAAGACAAGAGGGUAUCAGAGGCCUGUACAGAGGAUAUGGGAGUACUGUUCUCAGAGAGAUCCCAUUCUCUCUGGUGCAGUUUCCUCUCUGGGAAUAUUUAAAGACGCUGUGGACGCGGAGGCAAGGUCACACGCUCUCCGCUUGGCAGUCGGCUGUGUGCGGAGCUGUUGCAGGCGCCGCAGCAGCAUUUGUUACCACUCCGCUGGACGUGGCCAAGACCCGGAUCAUGCUCGCUAAGCCCGGGUCCACCACAGCGAGCGGCAACAUCCCCCUGGUGCUCUGUGAAGUGUGGAGGAGUCGAGGCUUUUCUGGGUAA